CGGGGCGGAGCCUGGCCUCGGGGUGUAGGAAUGAAUGCUUUGGUGAGACGCUGCGUGGCCCGCGCGGGCCUUCCCUGUAUUUGGAGAGGGAAAUGCUACAGCUCCGGGAAUGAGCCGGCAGAAAGCAACCAGGUGACACCGAUGCUGCGGCAUCUUAUGUACAAAAUAAAGUCUACAGGUCCCAUCACUGUGGCCGAGUACAUGAAGGAGGUUUUGACUAACCCAGCCAAGGGAUAUUAUGUGCAUCAGGAUAUGCUAGGAGAAAAAGGAGACUUUAUUACUUCACCUGAAAUAAGCCAAAUCUUCGGGGAGCUACUAGGGGUGUGGUUUGUUAGUGAAUGGAUAGCCUCUGGAAAAAGCCCAGCAUUCCAGCUGGUGGAACUUGGCCCUGGUCGGGGCACCCUCACAGCAGAUAUUUUGAGGGUGUUCAGUCAGCUUGGGUCUGUGCUAAAGACCUGUGCCAUCUCAAUACACCUUGUAGAGGUGAGCCAGAAACUAAGUGAGAUCCAAGCACUGACACUGGCUGAGGAGAAGGUCCCAUUGGAGAGAGACGCUGAAUCCCUGGUGUACAUGAAAGGUGUCACAAAGUCUGGGAUUCCAGUCUCCUGGUACCGAGACCUGAAGGAUGUUCCUGAAGGAUACAGCUUGUACCUCGCCCAUGAGUUUUUUGAUGUUCUUCCUGUGCAUAAAUUUCAGAAAACACCACGCGGAUGGAGAGAAGUGUUUGUUGAUGUCGACCCACAAGCUUCUGAUAAACUGAGGUUCGUCUUGGCGCCUUGUGCGACCCCUGCAGAAGCCUUCAUUCAACGUGAUGAAAGGAGGGAACAUGUGGAAGUAUGUCCCGAUGCUGGGGUUAUCAUCCAAGAACUGUCCCAGCGCAUUGCGUCAACUGGAGGUGCAGCCCUGAUUGCGGAUUACGGUCACGAUGGCACAAAGACAGACACCUUGAGAGGGUUUUAUGGACACCAGCUUCACGAUGUCUUAAUCGCUCCUGGAACAGCAGACCUGACAGCUGAUGUGGACUUCAGUUACCUGCGCAGAAUGGCACAAGGAAAAGUAGCCUCUCUGGGUCCAGUGGAACAGCGAACAUUUUUAAAAAACAUGGGCAUUGAUGUCCGGCUGAAGGUUCUCUUGGAUAAAGCAGGUGAGCCAUCUGCGAAGCAGCAGCUACUUGGAGGGUAUGAUAUGUUAAUGAAUCCUCAGAAGAUGGGAGAAAGAUUUCACUUCUUUGCCUUGCUACCUCAUCAGAGACUUCAUGGGGGGAGUCAAGAAAGGAAUGCCUGCCAGUCAAAAACCCCCUCCUCCUCUGUAGCUGGGUUUGAUGAACUUGUUUGGCAGUGAUACUUCAGCUUGAACUUUUAUUCCUCAGUGGGCCUUAAAAAUCAAAAUAAACAAAAUUCACUUUGCAUAUUGAAGUAACAUAAGUUUUCAAACUAGUAUCUCUUUUCAGUCAAUAAAAAUAGCCUGUUUAUGCUGGGCAGUGGUGGCGCAUGCCUUUAAUCCUAGCACUCGGGAGGCAGAGGCAGGCGGAUUUCUGAGUUCGAGGCCAGCCUGGUCUACAGAGUGAGUUCCAGGACAGCCAGGGCUAUACAGAGAAACCCUGUCUCGAAAAAACAAACAAAAAAACCAAAAAAACCAAAAACAAACAAAAAAUAGCCUGUUUAUAUAAAUACAAUCAAAAUGGUAGAAUGUCAAAGGUUAUAACUAACUCUUGGUAUAAUUGUUUUCAACCCAGUAAAGUGAUUUAUUGUGAAAUUGUCUCCUUAUCAACUUACUGUAUUUCUAUUUGAUUUUUAAAAACACAUAUGAGCACUGAUUGGUUUGUUAGAAACUGGAGAUAAGGUAAAUGGCUAUUUCAAGUCAACAGAUCUGGGUAUUUUUAAAGGGCAAAAGCAGUCAGUGUAUUCUGGUAGAAGGCUCUCUUAGGGUUAGUAAAUGGAAGAAGUCAGAUGUGCGUUUCUAGAGUUAAGAUCCUGUUUUUGCUAAAGGAAAGAAUUAACUGAGUACGUCAGUAUAGACUUAGUUUCCUGUUCUGUGCACAAGUGAAGGAGGAGUAACUGGGAAGGAGUCGGCAGCUCUCCACUCUGGAAGCAGGAUUCGGAAGGAUUCCAAUGCCUCUAUGGAUGAACGUAAAGAGUGGUAACACAAAUAUUAAAGACGUAAGAAAUAAAAGUCAUAGUUAGAAAAACCUGUACCAAAUCUGACUUUUACUGAAAUAAAAAUUAAGAGUAAUGUUAACUCUCCAGGAGGAGCAACUUCCUAAGCUGAGCUCAUUCUCAGAUAAAUACACAAUUUUAGCUGUG